GCAGGAAGAAGCAGAAGUAGAAAUGACGGAAGAGGAGGAGCUGAGGAAACGGAUGAAGCCGAAGAAGCUGAUGAAACUGAUGAAAGGGAAGAAGCCGGAGAAGCUAAAGAAAUCGAAGAAUUCAAUGAAGUAGAAGAAAUGAGAAGCUGA